CUCCCCGAUCCACCCGUCCCUUGUGGAGGAGGAGCGAUGGGGGCGAGAACGCGGGAGGUUGCUGGGGGUGGGUCUGACCUGGACCCAGCCUGCAGUGCCAGGGGAAGAGGAAGUCCCAGGCUGUCCCCGUCUCCCGCAGCCCAGCCAGGACUAGCAACUGAUGCAGGCGCAGAUGCCCCCGUCAGUCACUAACUAGCCUGGGCUGGACACCGCUGCACAGAGUCUCGGUGUCACUGCCCCCCCUCCAACAAGGCUAACGGGGAGGAGAAAUUUGGGCGCCUCUCCCCGCCACCUCUGCACGAAUCCAGUCUGGGGGCUUCCUCUGCGGGGCUGGGACUAGCCCCCGGGCCCGGCUCUGCCGGCAUCAACUCCGGGCCGGAGACCCAGGCUGCAGAAUAACAUCCACAUUUUGCUCCGGAUCAUCUCAUCCUCCCAGGGGAAAGGAAAUGGCGUCAGUGGAGCCGGCUCAGAGGCCUGUGACCUUUGAGGAGCUGGCUGUGUACUUCACGGAGGGGGAAUGGGCUCUGCUAGACCCUGCUCAGAGAGCCCUCUACAGGGAGGUCAUGCAGGAGAACUAUGCCACUGUGGCCUCACUGGGGUUUCCAGUUUCCAAACCUGAUGUGAUCUUCCAGCUGGAACGAGGGGAAGAGCCAUGGGUGCCAGAUCUCCAGGGCUCUGAAGAAAGAGAGCUCCAGAAAGGUGCCCAGACAGGUAAUUGGAUGGUGAGUGAGAACGAGGAGCAGAAUCCACAGCAGGUUGAUGCUGAGCAACUGGAACCACAUGGGACAUUAGCAGGAAGAUGCAAAGAGAAAGUUUCUGGGAGCUGUGGAGAGGCUAAAGCCUGUGAGGGUCAGCAUAGGCCAGAGAAAACCUUCAGUAGCUGCUCAGACCUUAUUAGACAUGAAAGAAUCAACAUGGAAGAGAGACCCUACACAUGCUAUUAUUGUGAGAAAAGCUUCAACCACAGCUCAAACCUCAGCAGACAUCGGAGAGUCCACACAGGAGAGCGACCAUACACAUGCGCUGAGUGUGAGAAAAGCUUCAUUCGGCGCUCACACCUUAUCACACAUCAGCGAAUCCACACAGGAGAGCGAUCCUUCACAUGCCCUGAGUGCGGGAAAAGUUUUAGACAGGACUCAGCUUUUAUGAGACAUAAGAGAACCCACACAGGCAAUGGGAUGGUGAGUGAAAACAAGAAGAAGACCUCCUGCCAGGAAGAUGCUGAGCAAGUAGAACCACAUGGGACAUUAGCAGGAAGAUCCAAAGGGAAAGUUUCUUGGAGUUAUGCAGAGGCUAAAGCCUGUGAGAGUCAGCAUAGGCCAGAGAAAACCUUCAGUAGUGGCUCAGACCUUAUUAGACAUGAUAGAAUCAACACGGGAGAGAAACCCUACAUAUGCUCUGAGUGCGGGAAACAUUUCACUCGGCGCUCAGACCUUAUCACACAUCAAAGAAUCCACACCGGAGAGCGACCUUAUACAUGCUCUGAUUGUGGGAAAAGCUUCAAUCGAAGCUCAAACCUUAUCAUACAUGAGAGAAUCCACACUGGAGAGCGACCCUACAAGUGUUUUGAGUGUGGGAAAAGCUUCAGUGAGAGCUCACACCUUAUCAGACAUCAGAGAAUUCACACAGGAGAGCGUCCCUACAAGUGUUCUGAGUGCGGGAAAAGCUUCAGUGUGACUUCACACCUCAUUAGACAUCAGCGAAUCCACACAGGAGGGGGAUCCUUGACAUGCUCUGACUGCGGGAAAAGUUACAAAGACAGCUCAUACUUCAUCAGACACCGGAGAGUCCACACAGGAGAGACAUCCUACAAGUGCUCUGAGUGCGGGAAAAGCUUCAUCAAGCGCUCACACCUUAUCACACAUCAGAGAAUCCACACAGGAGAGGGCUCCUUCACAUGCCCUGAUUGCGGGAAAAGCUUCAAAGUCAGUGCAUACCUCAUCAGACAUCGGAGAGUCCAUACUGGAGAGAGACCCUACAGAUGCCUUGAGUGUGGGAAAAGCUUUCGUUGGAGCUCAGGUUUUAUCCGACAUAAGAGAAUCCACACAGGUGAUGGGAUGGUGAGUGAGAACAAGAAGACGACUCCCAAGAAGGAAAAUACUGAGGAAGUAGAGCCACAUGGGAUUUUAGCAGAAAGAUCCAAAGGGAAAGAUUCUUUGAGUCGUGCAGAGGCAAAAACCUGUGAGAGUCAGUGUAGGCCCGAUAAAAGCUUCAGUAGCUGCUCAAACCUUAUUAGCCAUGAAAAAAUCAACACAGGAGAGAGACCCUGUACAUGCUGUGAGUGCGGGAAAAGCUUCAAUCAGCGCUCAAGCCUUAUCAUACAUCAGAGAAUCCAUACAGGAGAGCGACCCUACUCAUGCGCUGAGUGUGGGAAAAGCUUCAAUGUGAGCUCACACCUUAUCAGACAUGGGCGAGUUCACACUGGAGAGAGACCCUACACAUGCUUUGAGUGUGGGAAAAGCUUUCGUUGGAGCUCAGCCUUCAUCAUACAUAAGAGAAUCCACACAGGAGAGCGACCCUACACAUGCUCUGAUUGUGGGAAAAGCCUCAAUGGAAGAUUACAGCUCAUUACACACCAGAGAAUACACACAGGAGAGCGACCCUACACGUGUUCUGAGUGUGGGAAAAGCUUCAAUGUGAGCUCAACCCUCAUCACACAUCAGAGAGUCCAUACAGGAGAGAGAUCCUUCACAUGCUCUGAGUGCGGGAAAAGCUUCAAACACAGAUCAAACCUGACAGCACAUCGGAGAGUCCACACUGGAGAGAGACCCUACACAUGCUUUGAAUGCCAUAAAAGUUUUAGUCAGAGCUCACACCUUAUAUCACAUCAGAGAAUCCACACAGGAGAACGACCCUACUCAUGCUCUGAAUGUGGGAAAAGAUUUAGUGAGAGGAAAACCCUCAUCACACAUCAGAGAAUCCACACAGUAAAGAGACCCUUCACAUGCCCUGAGUGCAGCAAAAGUUUUAGACAGAGGUCAGCUUUUAUCAGACAUCAGAGAAUCCACACAGGCAAGUAAUGCCAUAAACCUCUUGACUAGAGCUGGCCAAAGAUUUUUUGUAAAAUAAUUCCCAAGUAAUUUGCACCAUUUUGUUCAGUGUGGUCUCUCAGCUCCACGUGAGUUGCCUGCCUCUGUCUUUUGCCCCUUCUCUUUUGGGGUGAAUCCCAUCAUCCUUUAUCAACUCCUUUGUCUGCUAUCACCUGGAACUGUGCCCCCCUCCUGCCAGAAAUAUUCAUCAGCACCAGAUGGGGGAGAUGGGUUUGACCUUGACUAGCUACACUGAAGUAAAAACUACCUGUGCCUUGUCUCCACUGGGAUUGUACAUGGAUGUAGCUGCUCAGCUUAGUGAUCUUGUAACAACACAACUACAUUUGCAGUGCCGACAUAACCUAGGUACAGUGGAUGGGGUUAUUUUUCUCCUUGACCUGAGCUCACCCGCAUCAUUUUUCCUAGUCUAGACAAACCCCAAGCAUCACGUCGAUACCAUUCCCCCAUUACAAAGUGAUUCCUAGCCCCUUGGGGACAGAUUGUCUCAAUCCCAGUUGUUCUCACCUUGCUUAGGGUUGUGCUGGACAAAAGUAUUUUUUCUACCAUUUUCCUCAAUUAAAAUAGAUUGAAAUAGAACAAAGAGCAGGGGUAGGAAAAAUGUGUAAUUUCAGCCUCUGUGACACCCAAAGGAUCAAAGGGAUUCCCUCUUUCCCCAUCACUGUCACAAUCCCCGCUUGCCCCAGCAGCAUUAGCUUCUGUGUAAGCCAUAAUAGCGUUUAUCCUCCCCACGUUCUACCCGUGCACCUCCCAGUGUGUCACGUGAUGCCAUGAUCUGCAUGCUCCCUGUGCUUAGGUAUCACACUUUGAUCCUAAAUCAGAGUCAUUGGGGCUAGAUGUGAAAUUGUCAAGACCUGGCGGGGGAAUUUGAAUGGAUCCCAAACAUAGAGUAAUCAUUCUGUGCUUUCAUUUCUGCUUCCGGCAAAGCUGCUUCUGGGCUUUUUCCUGCUGAGCUGGGAUUGUUGCAGGUGGGAAAUUUGGCUGCUUUUCCCCCUUGUGAUGAAGCUAAAUCUUUUGUACAUAACAUGACUCAAUAAUAAUGAGAUGGCACUGAGUGAAGAGAGUUUGAAUGGCUCAGAGGAGAACACAUUGGGAAAAUCUAUUUUGAGUUUGAGUUAUCAGACAUACCCUGCUCUGAAAUUUCAUUUUAUAUGAAACUGAAAGUGUCUUCUACCCCUCUGUGUUGUGGAUUUUUCUCUCUCUCCUGAAGGUGAUUUAGUCUCAUAAUUGGAUAUUACUUUUGUUUGACAGAAUGUACCUCAGAUUUUUUGGGGACUUUGAGACAAAUGACCGUUUGCUAAAUUAAUAUCUUAUUUUCUGUGGCUCUUUCCCCCACUCCUCCAUCAUGAUAUGGAGGAAGUUCAAGUGUAGUUCAGCCAGCGGGAAAGAAUACUCCAAGCUAUUUGGUGUGCUACCUAGGAAACAGGUAGCAUUUUCAUAUUUCUAUUCUGAAACAGUAAACAACGGCAUACCACAAAUUGUAGAACUAAUUGAAGUAACUGGACACGAUCACACUUGUUGUGGGUGCAAUGUAAAUUAAAAAAAAGAUCUGUCCAAUAACUAGGUUUAAUCAAUUUAUUAGUGAGGUUUUUAUUACAAAGAUUAAUACAGCAUAAUACAGAAAGGAAGAGUACCUACAUUACCAGUCCCUGUGGAAGACAGGAGUUGGGAGUGUGUCCUUCUCCUGCCAGAAAUAUCCAUCAGCACCACAUACGAGAGAUAGUGUUGACCUUGACUAGCUACACUGAGGUAAAAACAGCCUGUGUCUUGUCUCCACUGGGAUUGUAUAUGGAAGUAGGUGCUCAGCAAUCUUGUUGUAACAACAUGACUACAUUUGCAGUGCAGACAUAACCUGGGUACAGUGGCUGGGGUUAGCUUUCCGCUUGGCCUGAUCUCACCUCCGUCAUUUUUCCUACCCUAGACAAACUAUGAGCAUCACAUUGAUACCAUUCCCCCAUUACAAAGUGAUUGUUAGUCAUCGAGUUCCCCUUUGGGGACAGAUUGUCUCAAUCCAAGUUGUUCUCACUUUGGUCUGGGUUGUGCUGGACAGAAGUAUUUUUUCUACCAUUUUCCUCAUGUAUAGUAGAUUGAAAUAGAACAAAGAGCAGGAGCGGGGUAGGAAAAAUGUGUCAUUUCAGCCUCGGGUGACACCCAAAGGAAAUGGGGUGAGUCAAACGGAUUCCCUCCUUCCCCAUCACUGUCACAAUCCCCCCUCGCCCCAGCAGCAUUAGCUUGAUUGAAUUAGCCUUGUCAUCACUGGUUCUCCACUUGUAAGGUAUCUCCCUUCUCUUCAUGUGCCAGUAUAUUUAUGCUUGUAUCUGUAACUUUCACUCCAUGCAUCUGAAGAAGUGUUUUUUACCCACGAAAGCUUAUGCCCAAAUAAAUCUGUUAGUCUUUAAGUUGCCACCGGAAUCCUCAUGGUUUUUGUGGAUACAGACUAACACGGCUACCCCCUGAUACUAAAUCUUUUGUAUAUAACAUGACUCAAUAAUAAUGAGAUGGCACAGAGUGAAGAAAGUUUGAAUGGACCAGAGGAGAACACAAUGGGAGAAUCUGUUUUGAUUUUGAGUUAUCCGAUAUAAGCUGCUCUGGAAUUUCAUUUUAUAUGAAACUGAAAAUGUCUGCUACCCUUCUGUGGUGUUCCUCACCAUCGUAAGCCUCCCUCUGUCAAACUCCUGUCUGCAGCCCCCUGUCCGCUGAAAGGGUUGUUUAAGCGAGAAGUUUUGAAUGUAGUUGGUUUAUAGGUUUUAAGGGGAAUAAAGGGAAAACAGAUAGAACUGGCAAGGGACCCUCGCCCCCUUCCUGCUCCCCUUCCAGACUCCCUUGCGAAACUCCCUGUUAGCAGCCCCUGUUCCCCCCGGCGCUGUUUGGCUCUGCAUCUUAACCGGCAGCGAGAGGCACAGCAUUGGUCCCUGAGGGAGGAGUCCUCCUUGGAGUUGGAAGGGGACCUUGGUUCCUGUUCUCAGAGGAACUGGGUUGGCCCACACACCAGACAGUAGUACCAGCCUUGCAGCGGAUGUCUUGCCACAAGUUCAGUGGCCAUUUCAUUGGCUGUACUGGAACCCAUGGAGGCUCCCUAUGAUGCUGGGACCAUACUCCCCGCAAUCGUCCAUAGCCGUGUUGGGAAAGUGAACCAUCCCCCACCCCCACCUCACUACAGGAACCGGAUUCGGGUUCUGACGUGGGUACCGAGGUACAGGCUUCGACUCAAGGGGAAGCCUCUCCAGUGGAGGAAGGGGCACCUGUACCCCACCAAGUGUUACCAUCGUCCUCGUCGUCCCCGGACGAGGUGGUCACCAGGCCUGCUCACCCGCUCCCUCCAGAUGACUUUAGGGCCCAUCAGGAUAUUUUGAAGAGGGUGACCUCAAACUUGGGGUUAGAGGCGGAGGAACUCACUGAGCCCUUGGACAGCCUCUUGGAUAUUUUGGCCGUUGCGGUGCCAUCUAGGGUGGCACUCCCGGUGCAUGAUGGGGUGCUGAAAGUAGUAGAGGCUCCCUGUCCAACACUUUCCUGCUCCCUUGGAUGAGAACCCUGCUGUACGCUUUCCCACCGAUACUCCUGGUUCACAAGAUCCUACUGAAGAUCUAGAGGGAAAAAGUGAAGGGCAUCCUGGUGGCUCCGGCAUGGCCUCGCCAGCACUGGUUCGGCAUGCUUUUGGAUGUGCGCAGACUCCAGUCAAAGUACCCACAUCCCUUGUCUCCCCUCCCCACCAAAAAAUUGUGGCCAUUCUAGUUCCAGGACUGUGGUGCACUUUGGGAAAAUUUACUGCCCACCCUGCAUGUUACCAGGAAGCAGCUCGCUUUGCCAAACGCUUGAUGGGUUCGCUCUCCUUUGCACACCCAGGAGAGACUCUGAUAGUGUGCUUACAGAUCAGUAGUCAGAAGCGAAUGGGUUAAUGCUGACCUGAGCAGCUGCCAUUUGCAAAGGGGGGAAGGCUUCUGCUUUCAGUAGAGUGGAUUGCAGAUUGUUGGGGGAGAGAGGACUAAGGAAUUUGUCCCAUGGAAUUGUGGGAUACUUCCAGCUGACUCCUGGGAUCCCAGUCAAGCGGGGCUGCAUCUACACUGCAAAGCAAUGGGGCUCAGACCCUGGAUCUCAGCUUAACUUGCGCUUGGGCCCUCCAGCCUUGCAGGGUCCUGGGACCCUGGGUUAGCGCAAUUGCAGUGUAGAUGCAAAAGGGGUUAGGCUUGAGCCUGGGCUCAAUCACGGUCUUAUGUUGCAGUAUAGACACACCCCAGAGACAAAUGAACUCUUAGAAAUGGAAGGCACCUGUGUUAGUGGAGAACAGAGCAUUACACAGGGCUCAUUGGUGGAAAUGAGGAUUGAGAGAAAACUAACCAAUAUGAUAAGAUUUUGUAAUCUUUGAAUAUGUUGUUGUUACCAGUGAUAAUGGAAUUAAACAUGAUGUUAAUCAUUACAGAAUAAGAGACUGAUUAUGUGAUAACCAGAAUUCUAUUGUAAGACUGCAAAUUAUAUUGGUUUUUAUUUCUUUUCUUUCUUUUUUUGUUUUUUGUGAGCCUGGGUGUGUGGGACUCGAGUCUGCAGGCUCAGUGUGUCUAAGCCUGUGCUGGAGAGUCCACACUGAACGGUGACCCUGGGUUUAGAGUUUCAAGACCCGAGUCUCACACCAGCGCUCACGUGCCCACAGUGCACUGCGCAGACCCAGUCAAAUCAGCCUCUCCCAGGCUUCCUAGCUCUCUCCGAGCUGUAGCCUCUUCAGCCCUUUGUUCCUUGUGCACCAUGGAAACACUUGAGUGUCCCUCUCGCAGCACUUUAUCAGAAGUUGUCUCACCCGCCAAUACAGCCAGCCAAGCUGUGUUUUGGGUCUGCAAGCUGCCGUCAGCUGGACCCAGCAACAUGCGUGAGGCCCCAUUUGAAGAAUUUGCCAUGCUUGCAUUUUCACUCCUGUUUCAUAAAGUGGGCAGAACAUACGUGAGAUGCUGGUGGCAGAUUCCGAGCUAUUGAAGGCUUCUGUCAGAGGAGGAAGAUACACGUCAACUGGCUGAUGCUGCUCAUGAUUCUUGGUAUAGCUGCUGAUGCUCCCUAUGUAGUCCUGCACCUGUGAAGAAGGGCCACAGGCACAGACUGGUGGGAUCACAUUGUUAUGCAGACCUGGGAUGACCACCUGUGGCUGCAGAACUUUCAUAUGCAAAAAGUAAUGUUUCUGGAGCUUUGUGAGGAGCUUGCCCUGACUCUGCAGUGUCAAGACACAUACAAGUGGGUGGCGAAGUUGGUCCAGAAGUGGAUUGCUAUAAUCAUCUGGAAGCUGUGCACUCCUGACUGCUACAGGUCCACUGCUAACCAGUUUGGUCUUGGCAAAUUAACUGUGGGGGCAGAGGUUUCUGCGGCAGUCAGGCAUGCGAUUUAAGACUGGCCAUACUGGGUCAGACCAAUGGUCCAUCUAACCCAGUAUCCUGUCUUCCAACAGCAGUCAAUGGGCAACCAUUAAGUGAUCCAUCCCUUGUUGUCCAAUCCCAGCAUCUGGCUGUCAGAGGCUUAGGGACACCGAGAGCAUGGGGUUGCAUCCCUUACCAUCUUGACUAAUAGCAGUUGAUGGACCCAUCCGCUAUCAAUUUAUUUAAUUCUUUUUUGAACCCUGUUACAGUUUUAUCCUUCACAUCAUCCCCUGGCAACAAGUUUCACAGGUUCGCUGUGUGGGGGGUGAGGAAGUACAGCAGAACCCUGUUCAUCCAAUCUAAUUGGGCCACAUUAGAUAAUCAAAAAUUGGAUAAUCUGGAGAAUGGGAAUGUGUGAGGAUGCAUCAUCAUCUAGCAGCCACAGGAGAAAUCACCUGCUUUUGGACCUGCAUGCACUGGUUGUUCAGUUAAUACGGAUAAUGGAGGUUCAGAUAAAUGGGGUUCUACUGUAUUUCCUUUUGUUUGUUUUAGACCUACUGCCUAUUAAUUUCAUUGGUGACUUCGGGUUCUUGUGUUAUGACAAGGGAUAAAUAACACUUCUUUAUUUACUUUCUCCACACCAUUCAUGAACUUAUAGACCUCUAUCAUAUGCCCUCUUAGUCAUCACUUUUCAUAAGAACAUAGAAUGGGCAUACUGGGUCAGACCAAAGGUCCAUUCAGCCCAGUAUCCUGUCUGCUGACAGUGGCCAAUGCCAGGUGCCCCAGAGGGAGUGAACCUAACAGGUAAUGAUCAAGUGAUCUCUCUCCUGCCAUCCAUCUCCACCCUCUGACAAACAGAGGCUAGGGACACCAUUCCCUACCCAUCCUGGCUAAUAGCCAUUAAUGGACUUAACCUCCAUGAAUUUAUCUAGUUCUCUUUUAAAACCUGUUAUAGUCCUAGCCUUCACAACCUCCUCAGGCAAGGAGUUCCACAGGUUGUGCGCUGUGUGAAGAAUAACUUCCUUUUAUUUGUUUUAAAUUUGCUGCCCGUUAAUUUCAUUUGGUGGCCCCUAGUUCUUACAUUAUGGGAACAAGUAAAUAACUUUUCCUUAUUCACUUUCUCCACAUCACUCAUGAUUUUAUAUACCUCUAUCAUAUCCCCCCUUAGUCUCAUCUUUUCCAAGCUGAAAAGUCCUAGCUUUUUUAAUCUAUACUCAUAUAGGACCUGUUCCAAACCUCUAAUCAUUUUAAUUGCCCUUCUCUGAACCUUUUCUAAUGCCAGUAUAUCUUUUUUGAGAUGAGGAGACCACAUGUGUACACAGUAUUCAAGAUGUGGGCAUACCAUGGAUUUAUAUAAGGGCAAAAUGAUACUCUCUGUCUUAUUCUCUAUCCCUUUUUUAAUGAUUCCUAACAUCCUGUUUGCUUUUUUGACUGCUGCUGCACAGUGCGGGGACGUCUUCAGAGAACUAUCCACGAUGACUCCAAGAUAUCUUUCCUGAUUAGUUGUAGCUAAAUUAGCCCCCAUCAUAUUGUAUGUAUAUUUGGGGUUAUUUUUUCCAACGUGCAUUACUUUACAUUUAUCCACGUUAAAUUUCAUUUGCCAUUUUGUUGCCCAAUCACUUAGUUUUGUGAGAUCUUUUUCAAGUUCUUCACGGUCUGCUUUGGUCUUAACUAUCUUUGGUCUUAACUAUCUGCAAACUUUGCCACCUCACUAUUUACCCUUUCCUCCAGAUAAUUUAUGAAUAAGUUGGAUUACCUUUGAUAAUUGGAUAUCGAGUGGGGGACAGUUGAGACGGUGCCAAAUUAUUGUGAAACUGUUGGAACAGUGCCAAAUUAUUGUGAAUUACUGUGGUUGAUAUGAAUGAAUGUGAUAAGCAUGAGUUCAGUGUGGCUUGGGAUGUCUGAAGUGGCUAAAGGAUUCUGAGAGCAGAAUUCUCUUAGCAUUAGAUGUGGAAAUGUACUAGAAGUACUGAAAUGGCUCAAUUUGUGCAAGAAUUUCAACUUUGGAAUAUAUCAGCCGGGGUGGGGGAGGGGGCAGCUCACAAAAUAAAGAAGACAUAAAAACAAGUGGGCUUGGUACAGGCUGACCCAGGUCGAAAUAACCACUUUUGGAAGAUACCGCACUAAGAGCUCAAGUGAAUGAUUGAUGAGAGAGUAAACGUUGAUUGCGUUUUGGUCUGCAUCUUUUUUGCAGCCCCACUUCCAAAAUAUGAAUUAGAAAAAACAACAGUAAUAAAACACCCACUGGGCAUAUUUCUGGAACAUCUGACUCCUUUGAGAAGAAAAGGUAUAAAUGCUAAACAAAGUAAAUUAGCUGGUUAGUUUCCCAAUUAACAUCUGAAGAGCUCCGUGAUACUGGAAUCCAGAAGACCUCAGCAUAACCAAGACCCUGCUGUGAGGGACCUUUGUGGGACCUUUGAACCAGAAGGCCUCAGGGUAACCUAGACCUUACUCCAGGAGGCAUUUGACAGACCAAGUACCUGAGAGUGGAAAGAAGAAAAGAAAAGAAGUCUCCGUCUAGAACUGGUGGCUAUACCUGCUUUGUUUGCCAAUCAGGAUACUGUGUAAGUGCAACGUAGUUACUGAGGGUUUAUGCUUGGGGAAUUGAGGCUUACUAGGGAGAUGUUUAUUAUGUAACCUUUAUUGCUUGUGUGAUUCUUUCUCAAAUAAAUUACUAUGCAUUAAA